AUGUUUCCUCUCAAAUACAAAUCUGAGACUGUGAUCCCAGUUGUAAAUGCAACAUUGUCUGAACCAACUAGUGCUACAAGAAUGACCCACUACUCAACGAUAUGGAUGAACUCCUCUUCAAUGAUACCUCCACUCCAUAGCACUAAGACAGCACCUAAAUUCUCCCUCCUUGUAUUAAUUCCUUUCCCUUUCCUUGUUGCAAUGGCCUUUGUGAAGAGCAUUCGUAAACUUGGACCAAUCAGCGGUGUUGCUAAUGUGACACUACUUGCUGGUUUUUUUGGGCUUCUUGCAUUUCUGUUGAGGGGUAAGCACUAACCGUGUACAACUGCCUAAUGUAGAAUUUCUUUAGUAAAUGAAAAUAUUGUUAGUAGUAGUUGAAUCUCCUGCCAGCUGUAUGCUUUGUGUGGUUACCUUGAUUGAUUUUUUCUCAUUACUUCCACAUUAAUCUUGACGCUAUGUGAAAUUAGCAUAAACAUAAAUAAAUAUAAAGUUUAGCUCUAAACAAAAGAUGUAUUUUAUCAAAUUCUUAUCUGAUCUGGUAGGAAAAAGUUUAAUCUGAAAGAUGUCAGUUAUGCCAGACUGUCCACCUUCCCAAUCUUCUUUGGACAGCUGACGGGAGCUUAUGAGGGGAUAGGAACUGUGAGUGCUGAAUUUUUAUUGUCAAAAAAUUUUUUUUCAACAAAAAACUUAAACUUUUUACUUUGUUGUUAAGCUUAACCUCAUAAUGUUCUUGUUACUUAAAAUUUACAAUAAUUUUGUUAUCUCAGUGUUUGACACAUGAUCACUAUUUGAGGGCAAAUUGGAACCUGCCUUGCCACUCAUUUGGUUUGUGCAUCUCAGUAAUGGGCAUCACAGGUUCAUGUCCUGUGAAUUCUCAAGUUCUUUCCAAGCUAGUUUGAUUAUUUUAAUUUUAAAUUAACUUAUUCCUAUUAUUACUUACUUAGAAGUAUCAUGAACAAAUAUAGAUGUGGGAGAAAAGUGUUAAAUAAAAAGAAGAAAAGAUUCUCUGCAUCUCAAUCAGAAAAGGCUCAAGCCAUUGAAAUUUAGUCAAAGAAUUCAUGUCGAUGGCAUGAUAAUUCUGCAAUAUCUAGUAUAAAAUGAACACCUUGAACUCUUUGAGUUACUUAAAAUUAUGUUGUCAAAUUAAAUCCUCUUGUUAUUUGUAGGUAAUACCUAUUGAAUCCAGCAUGGCAGAGAACCAAGGUCGUUUCCCCCUGUACCUUCACAUAGCACUAGCACAAGUCUCUUUCAUUCUUGGUUCAUUUGGAAUACUUGGUUACAUGAUCUAUGGCAGCACUGUUCCGCAGAUUGUAACAGAUAGGCUGCAGACAGGGAUUGGGGCACAGUUAGUGCGGCUCACACUUAUCAUAGCUGUUAUGAUGACCUACCCUCUCCAACUCUACCCAGUUAUUGAAAUUGCGGAGUCUGUUUUAUUCACUAAGAUCCAUUCCAAAAGUAAAUCUCACCUAGGUGCAGUUAUUGCAGGUCCAAGUAUGGAUCCAGAUAGCAAUCCAGUUUCUCCUGUGGACUCUAAUAGCAUUAACUCUCACUAUCCUGUGUCAAACUCACCAGAUGAUUUGUCCACCAGUGUAAAUUCGGAGACUCAAGUUCUUAUUCCAAAGGAGACAGAAGAACUUCAGUUUAAGGUACAGUUGUAUUCAGAGAUAGCCAACUAUCACAUGGAACAAAUUAUGGGCAUUUUUUAACCUGUUUCACCCUAAGAUCAAUAUGCAUAUUCUCCAUACUGUUUUCUAUGAAUUUCCUAAGGUGCUGAUAAGGAGAUUUUGCUUAAAGAACUCCUGUACUUGUUGAUCAUUUCCGUUAUUCUCAUGAUCUUAAUGAUUGAUUUAACCCUUUCACCCCAAGGUCUAAUUAGUAAUUCUCCUUACUAUCUGCCAUAAAAUUCUUAUGAUGUUAGUCCAGAGAAUUUGGUACUGGAUCAACUAAUAAUCCCAUAAUUGAUAUUCUUCUCUAUUCUCAUCACCUACCUGCUUAAAAUUGUAUUGAUAUUGUAAGGAGAAAUUCUGUCUUGGUCACUUGUUGGAGUGAAAGGGUUAAUUAUGAUAUUGUAAGGAGACUUCUGGGUUUAAGGGUUGGAACAAUUUUCAAAUUGGUGUGUUAAAACAUGGUUUUUCAUUUUUAUUUAAUUGAUGCAGUAGGCUUGUUUUGUGGGACUCAGUUUUAAACAAUAAAAGGGUGUGGUCAUGAAAAAAACCACCCUGUAAAACAUUGAUGCUUAUGGUUAUGUAGAAAAACAUGCACACUCAAGUAAAGCAAUGAUCUCCUCAGGUGAGCUGCAAUUUAAGCAUUUGCAGAAAAGAAGCCAUUAAUUCAGAUGUGAGGCAACAUCCAAGUUUUGUAAUAAGGGCAAAAGCCAAGGGGGAGGCAUUGAAUUGGGACAGGAUGAUUUACUGGCCAAAAGAGUCUUAGACUCCAAAAGAGCAUUGUGAAAUUGACCCAAAAACAGAAUUCCCCCCCCCCCCCAACUUUCACUCUCAAGAUCUCAUUAGCAAUUCUUCCUAACAUCUGCCAUAAAAUACUCAUGAUGUCAAUUUGGAGAAUUUGGCAUUGUAUCAACUUGUAGUCCCCUAAUUGAGUUUUCUUCUUUAUUCCUUCACUUGACUGCCCGAUAUUGUAUUGAUGUUGUAAGGAGAAAUUCUGUCUUGGUCACUGAUGGGAGUGAAAGGGUUAAAUUGCAGCUCACCUGAGGGGAUCAGGGUUAAAAUUAACUCCCUGGCCAAAUCUAUUAGCUGUAAUAAGCAUACUAGUAAUAUUAUAAUAUUAUUAUCAUAAUUAUGAUUGAAAACUUUUAACUUGAAAAGACCUUUACUGCAUUAGUCUUACAUCCCAACCACAGUAACUUGUUAUGAGCAUGUAAGGUAUGUUUGGAACUCUUAUUUCAUACUCAAUAAACAGAGAGCUGUUUUCAAGCUUGUUUUAACUGUGCUUAACUUCUUUUGUUUCUCAGGCAGCAACUUGGAAGAGGAAUUUACUUCAGCAGUGCUAG